AUGGCGGCCGUGAAGACCUGCUCUCUGCUGCUGGUGCUGCUGUUCAUGGCCUCUGGGCUGGGAGAGAAGGGAGAGGCUCAGACCAGACCCCAGGCCCCGUCCGGCGGCCCCCGAGGCCGCAGGUACUCGGAGGGGACGUUCAUCAGCGACUACAGCAUCGCCCUGGACAAGAUCCGCCAGCAGGAAUUCGUGAACUGGCUGCUGGCCCAGAAGGGCAACAAGAGCAACUGGCGACAUAACCUCACCCAGAGGGACACCCGCACCCCAGAGCUGCCUGGACCAUCUCAGGGGAGCCAGGGACCCUUGGAGCCGCAGAGGACCCCCAGUGCGGAUCUGCUGAGGGAGCUGCUGGUGAAGGAGCUGCUGGCCCAGGAGCUGCUGGCCUGGGUGGCGGAGAAGGCGGAGCCGCGCAGCCUCAGGACUUCGAUGGUCAGCACGGGCCUGGCUGGCUCUAGGCGGUCGGGGUGCAUCUGGCCAUCUGGCCCGAAGCACCAAUGUGGGCUGGAUGAGCGUUGCCGCACGAGAGCGGCGAGGAUCCGCGUCUCGAGGCCAGGCAACGAGGGCCGGGAUCGCAUCUCUGUCGCGCAGCUUCGGCGCCACCCGGGGUUCGCACAUCUUGACCACCAGGGAAAGGCCGCGCCAUUGAGCGCCUCAAUCAGCGAAAGGAAGCGCGACGCGUGA